ACCCCCGAUGGCGUUUCCAUCAAGAGAGACCCCUUGUCGUCUCAAAAUCAUGUUGGCAUUUUGCCCUUGUCUUGGAACAUCCCGGAGCUGGUCAACUUGGGGCAGUGGAAGAUCCGAGGCCACUACGAAGAUUCUCCACAGCAGGUCUUCUCCGCGGAAUUUGAGAUAAAGGAGUACGUGCUACCCAGCUUUGAGGUCCAAGUGGAGCCCACCGAGAAAUUCUAUUACAUCGACGAGCUCAGGGGCCUGGAGGUCGUCAUCACGGCCAAGUUCUUAUAUGGGAAGAACGUGGAUGGAGUGGCCUUCGUCCUCUUCGGCGUGCAGGAUGGCGACCAGAGGAUUUCGCUGACCCAGUCCCUCACCCGCGUCGUGAUUGAGGAUGGCACCGGGGAGGCGGUGCUGAGCCGAGAUGUCCUGCUGAAGGGGGUGCAGCCCUCCCAGCCCGAAGCCCUGGUGGGGAAGUCCUUGUAUGUGUCGGCCACUGUCAUCCUGCACUCAGGCAGCGACAUGGUGGAAGCAGAGCGCACCGGGAUCCCCAUCGUGACCUCCCCCUACCAGAUCCACUUUACCAAGACGCCCAAGUUCUUCAAGCCAGCCAUGCCCUUCGACCUCAUGGUCUUUGUGACAAACCCUGAUGGAUCUCCAGCCCGCCAAGUCCCUGUGGUGGCCCAGGACCAAAAGGUGCAGUCCUUAACUCAGGCGGACGGCGUGGCCAAGCUGAGUGUCAACAUGCCCAAUAGCCGGAGCCCGGUGGCCAUCACCGUGAGCACGAAGAAGGAGGGCCUCCCAGAGGCCCGGCAGGCCUCCCGGACCAUGGAGGCCCAGCCCUACAACACCAUGGGCGGCUCCAACAACUAUCUGCACCUCUCCGUGCCGCGCUUCGAGCUCAAGCCAGGCGAAACCCUCCAUGUCAACUUCCACCUGCGAGCAGACCCUAACGUGCAGGCCCGCAUCCGCUACUACACCUACCUGAUCAUGAACAAGGGGAAGCUGCUGAAGGCCGGACGCCAAAAGCGGGAGCCUGGCCAGGACCCGGUGGUGCUCCCUCUGACCAUCACCACCGACUUCAUCCCCUCCUUCCGCCUGGUGGCCUAUUACACGAUGAUAGGCACCAAUGGCCAGAGGGAGAUAGUGGCCGACUCCGUGUGGGUGGACGUCAAGGACUCCUGUGUGGGCACGCUGGUGGUAAAAGGUGGUGGGAGAAAUGAGAAGUCACACCUGCCAGGACAGCAGAUGACCCUUAAGAUAGAGGGUGACCACGGGGCCCGAGUGGGGCUGGUGGCCGUGGACAAGGGCGUGUUUGUACUGAACAACAAGCACAGGCUGACUCAGAGUAAG